CACUACAACCAUAACUGAUUCAUCAACAAUAACUUCUGAACCCACUACAACCAUCACUGAUUCAUCAACAACAACAGGUGAACCCACUACAACCAUAACUGAUUCAUCAACAAUAACUUCUGAACCCACUACAACCAUCACUGAUUCAUCAACAGCAACUGGUGAACCCACUGAAACAUUGACAAUAACUAGUGAAUCCACUACAACAGUCACUGGUGUGUCGGUAACAAAGUUUACAGCUGAAGCCACUACAAUCAUCACUGGGGCAUCAACAACAACUGGUGAACCUUCUUCAGCCGUUGUUGGUGUGUCGACAACAAGUUACGAAUCCACAACUACUGUUACUGCAGCAACUACUACAACAAUCACAGGUGUGUCGACAACAACUGUUGAACCCACUACAACCGUUACUGAUGCACCGACAACAACUGUUGAACCCACUACAACUUUCACUGGUGUGUCGACAACAACUGGUGAACCCACGGCAACCGUCACCAGUGUGUCAACAAUGAGUGGUGCAUCAACAACUACUACUACAGCUACAACCACUACAACUCUCACUGAUUCAUCAACAACAAUGGUUACAGCUUUAUCCAAUUUAACCGCCACUGGUGUGUCGCCAAAAACGGUUAGAGCCGCAGCCACUACAGCCGUCACUGGUGUGUCGACAACAAGUGAUGCACCAACAACUACUGUUACUGCAGCACCCACUACAACCGGCAUGGGUGUGUUGACGACAACUACUAGUGAACCCAUGACAACCAUUACUGGUCCAUUGACAACAUCUGGUGAACCCACUACAACCAUCACUGGUGUGUUGACAACGGUUACAGCUGCACCCACUACAACUGUCAAUGAUUCAUCAACAACCAUUGGUGAACCCACUACAACCAAAACAGAUUCAUCAUCAACAACUGGUGAACCCACAACAACCAUCACUGGUGUGUCGACAACAACUAGUGAACCCACUACAUCCGUCAUGGGUGUGUUGACGACAACAGUAACUGGUUCAUCGACAACUACUAGUGAACCCAUGACAACCAUUACUGGUCCAUUGACAACAUACGGUGAACCCAAUACGACCGUCACUCGUGUGACGACAACAACUGCUGAUCCCACUACAACCAUCACUGGUGUGUUGAAAACAACGUUUACAGAAGUACCCAUUACAACUGUCACAGGUUUGUCGACAACAACUGGUGAACCCACUACAACCAAAACUGAUUCAUUGACAUCAACUGGUGAACCCACUACGACUGUCACUGGUAUGUCGACAAAACCUGGUGAACCCUCCGCAACCUUCACCAGUAUGUCAACAAUGAGUGGUGCAUCAACAACUACUACAACAGCUGCACCCACUACAACUCUCACUGAUUCAUCAACAACAACAGUUAGAGUCGCAGCCACUACAGCCGCCACUGGUGUGUCGACAACAAGUGAUGCACCAACAACUACUGUUACUGCAGCACCCACUACAACAAUCACUGGGAUGUCGACAACAACUUGCGAACCCACUACAACCAUCACCGAUGUGUCGAUAACAAAGUUUACAGCUGCACGCCCAACAACUGUCACUGGAGCAUCAACAACUGGUGAACUUACUUCAACAGUCACUGGUGUGUCGAUAACAAAGUUUACAGCUGCACUCACAACAAUCAUCACUGGGGCAUCAACAACAACUGGUGAACCCACUACAACCAUCACUGGUAUGUCGACAAAACCUGGUGAACCCACUACAUCCGUCAUGGGUGUGUUGACGACAACAGUAACUGGUUCAUCGACAACUACUAGUGAACCCAUGACAAGCAUUACUGGCCCAUUGACAACAUCUGGUGAACCCAAUACGACCGUCACUCGUGUGUCGACAACAACUGCUGAACCCACUACAACCAUCACUGGUGUGUCGACAACAACUGGUGAACCCACUACAACCUUCACUGGUUUGUCGACAACAACUGGUGAACCCACUACAACCAUCACUGGUGUGUUGACAAUGAGUGGUGCAUCAACAUCUAAUACUACAGCUGCACCCACUACAACUGUCACUGAUUCAUCAACAACAAUGGUUACAGUGGCACCAACUACAGCCGCCACUGGUGUGUCGACAACAACAGUUAGAGUCGCAGCCACUACAGCCGCCACUGGUGUGUCGACAACAAGUGAUGCACCAACAACUACUUUUACUGCAGCACCCACUACAACCGUCAUGGGUGUGUUGACGACAGCUGGUGAACCCACUACAACAGUCACCAGUGUGUCGAUAACAAAGUUUACAGCUGCACGCCCAACAAACGUCACUGGAGCAUCAACAACAACUGGUGAACCUACUUCAGCCGUUGUUGGUGUGUCGACAACAAGUUACGAAUCCACAACUACUGUUACUGCAGCAACUACUACAAGCAUCACAGGUGUGUCGACAACAACUGGUGAACCCACUACAACCGUUACUGGUGCACCGACAACAACUGGUGAACCCACUACAAUCAUUACCGGUGUGUUGACAACAACGGUUACAGCUGCAUCCACUACAACUGUCACUGAUUCAUUAACAACCAUUGGUGAACCCACUACAAUUAAAACUGAUUCAUCAACAACAACUGGUGAACCCACUGAAACCGUCACUGGUUCAUUGACAUCAACUGGUGAACCCACUACAACCAUCACUGGUGUGUCAACAACAACUGGUGAACCCACUACAACCAUCACUGGUAUGUCGACAAAACCUGGUGAACCCACUGCAACCUUCACUGGUGUGUCGACAACAAUUGAUGCAACAACAGCUACUGUUACUGCAGCACCCACUACAACCGUCAUGGGUGUGUUGACGACAACUGGUGAACCCACUACAACCGUCAUUGAUGCAUCAACAACUACUAGUGAACCCACUACAACCGUUACUGGUCCAUUGACAACAUCUGGUGAACCCACUACGACCAUCACUGUUGUGUCGACAACAAAUGCUGAACCCACUACGACCAUCACUGGUGUGUCGACAACACGUGAUGCAACAACAGCUACUGUUUCUGCAGCACCCACUACAAUCGUCAUGGGUGUGUUGACGAAAACUGGUGAACCCACUGCCACAAUCACUGGUGUGUCGACUGUAACGGUUACAGAUAUACCCAUUACAACCGUAACAGGUGCAUUGACAACAGCGAUUACAACGGCUCCAAAUACAUUCAUCACUGUUGUGUCGGCAUCUACUGAUGAACCCAAUUCAACUGUAACUGCUGCUCCUGCAACAAGUUCUGUUCCUCCUACAACUUAUGUUACUACCACUGUGGCUGGUACUACCACCACAACAACUGGAGAAUCUGUCACUGUUCCUGCUACCGUUCCUACAACUAGGCCCACAACUACAGUGUCAAGGAAAGCAUCACCACUGUCAACAACUACCAGCACAGCUCCAACUACCACAACAACCAACGCAACAACCACUACUACAACAACAACUACUACAAGUACAACAAUAACAACUACAACUGCACGUCCUCGACUUGCUCCACUGGUGGCUUUCGUCAUACAACAAGUGUUUGUCGAAGCUUUAAAUGACCCUCAAAGUACACAAUUCCAAGAACUUGCAGUAACUAUUACUGCAGUGUUCGAUGUGAUCUACAGAGCAAAAUAUGGGAUCCUCUUCAUCCGGACGAUUGUUCUUGGAUUCACACCUAUUUUCCAUUCCCGUAUGGAUGCAGAAACACAGGCAGAGGUCCAACUAGUGUUCAAUGAGACCUCCACUCAAUCUGUCCCUGAGGUUACUGACAUUAGGGAUACACUGAAAGAAGCUGUGACCAAUCCAAACACUUUCUUUGGCAACCUCUCAGUGGAUGUUACCACCAUCAUUGUUAAAGCUGCUCCUGCAACAAGUUCUGUUCCUCCUACAACUUCUGUUACUACCACUGUGGCUGGUACUACCACCGCAACAACUGGAGAAUCUGUCACUGUUCCUGAUACCAUUACUACAACUAGGCCCACAAUUACAACCACUACAUAUGUGGCCCCCACAACUACAGUGUCAAGGACAACAUCACCACUGUCAACAACAAGCACAGCUUCAACUACAACAACCAACGCAACAACAACUACUACAACACCCACUAAUACUACUAGUACAGCAACAACAACAACUACUACAACUGCACAUCUUCAACCUGCUCCAGUGGUGUCUUUCGUCAUACAACAAGUGUUUGUAGAAGCUUUAAAUGACCCUCAAAGUACACAAUUCCAAGAACUUGCAGUAACUAUUACUGCAGUGUUCGAUGUGAUCUACAAAGCAAAAUAUGGGAUCCUUUUCAUCCGGACGAUUGUUCUUGGAUUCACACCUAUUUUCCAUUCCCGUAUGGAUGCAGAAACACAGGCAGAGGUCCAACUGGUGUUCAAUGAGACCUCCACUCAAUCUGUCCCUGAGGUUACUGACAUUAGGGAUACACUGAAAGAGGCUGUGACCAAUCCAAACAUUACCUUUGGCAACCUCUCUGUGGAUGUCACCACCAUCAUUGUUCAAGUGCCCACCACAAAUAACAACACAACUACAACGGCUACUCCUGUCAUCACUACUGCUAUCAUCACAACUACAACCACUGAAACUACCGUUGUGGCACUCACUAAGGUGACUGUGGUGUUCCGGUCCAGCGGAGAGACAUUUACCUCUGACCUAUCAAACACAUCUUCUCAGGCCUUUCAAACCCGAGCAUUACUGAUUAAAACUCAGCUUGAUCCUUUCUAUCGAUCAGCUUUCACCUCUUUCAACAGUUUGACUGUGACAGAAUUCAGCUCUGGAUCCAUCAUCAAUACUAUGAAUUUAGCAUUCAGCUCCUCCUCCGUCCCAAAUUCCAUGGAGAUUGGCACUGUUUUAAUAAAUGCCGCCCCAAAAAUCACAGCUUUCAACAUUGACCCCACCUCAGUGAGAGUCAACAACACAGCUGUGACCUCAAGUGGAAUAAGCAGCAAGACCAGUCUCUGCACGGCAUUCUUUCUGGUGGUUCUGUCGCUGCUACUGUCAAGCCAGCAUUAGUCUCAGUGGCAACGCCCACUAAAAACACUAUUUCACUCACUGGCAAGCAGCAGAACGAAAUAGUGUGUGUAGUCAUAUUUUCACUUUGAGAACUUCCCACACAUUCCAACCCCUACCCCAAUUCCACCCAUGAUUUGAAUAGUGUCCAAAAAUGAUCAAGUCUUGUAUGCUGACAUAAGAUACACUAUUUGUGGCAGUUGAACACAAUGAUGUAAUAUAAUUACUGCCUAUUCAAUCAAAAUGUGUAAGUGUAUGGGGUCCGUCAUAAGUCGAUGUUAUUUCCAUGCAAUGAAAAAUAAUGUUUGAUUUAAUAUGUACUUAAGCCUAUUUUUGAUUCUCUCUGUAGCUGAUAUGAACUAAAACGUUGAUUUACUCUGUUGCUGAUAUGAACUAAAACAUUUAAUCACUCUCGCUGAUAUGAACUAAAACGUUGAUUUACUCUGUCGCUGAUAUGAACUAAAACGUUGAUUUACUCUGUCGCUGAUAUGAAAUAAAACGUUGAUUCAC